CACUUUACUACGGUGUGCUGUUACAAGAAUCAACCGUGAAAUCAUGUCACCUACAAUGCUGCAGUUUACAGUUGUCAUGAUGGUCGCUAUUAUCGUCAUUAAUGCGUAUGACGUGACAUCAUAUAGUCUUAACGAAGAAUCUUUUUGUAUCACAAAUGAGCCAUGCUUGGGUCGUAUUGCCGGUAUCAGUGCCAGGCCCGUACAGCGGUGUACAUGCCCACCAUGGGCCGACAAAUGCAUGUUUGACUACCAACAACGAAAGUUUCUGUGCAUGGACCCAUCGUCAGUAGACGUGUUUCCAGGAGACUUCAUGAGUCGGUUAGACACUCGAGAAGAGAAAUAAAGACGCAUUUUGACGAAGAAUUAUUUAUUUAUUACUAUUAUUAACUUGUCGUCACUUUAUAAGUCUGUUAUUUAUUAUUAUAUUUCAAAAUAAAUCUUCUAAAGCAUAUGUAUUACCAAAC